CUGCAGAAAGCAGAAGUUCUCAACUCAUUCACUACCCUUCGGGAACAGGAGAGAAUAAAAGCUCUCUGGCCCCUUCUGCUUCAAAAAGCCACUAGAGCUCGCGGGCAGCUUGCUGGCCGCUCCCUUCCCACGCCUGGACCAUGCCACGCUGCGUCUUCCUGCGCGGCCACAGGCGAGGACUCCGUAUCUGCAGCUGAGAGCUGAAACUUUUUUGACUUUUCUUCUCCCCAACAACUGAACCAUGCCAUGUGCUCAGACAAGCUGGCUGGCAAAGCUCUCGAUGUUGGCUCAGCUUCUUAACUUUGGGGCUUUUUGCCUGGGGAGACAAGCUCAGCCCGGCCCGGUUCGCUUUCCAGACCCGAGGCAAGAACAUUUUAUUAAGACCUUGCCAGAAUACUACGUGGUGGGACCUGUCCAAGUAGAUGCCAGCGGACGUUUUCUGUCGUAUGGACUGCAUCAUGCUGUCACCAGCAGCAGGAGGAAGAGAGCCACAGGUGGCUCUGAGGACCAGGUGUACUACAGAAUUUCACAUGAAGACAAAGACCUGUAUUUUAAUCUGACAGUCAACAAGGAAUUUCUUUCCAAUGGCUAUGUUGUGGAGAGGAGAUUUGGGAACCUUUCCCAUGUUAAGAUGCUGGCUUCCUCAGGCCCACCCUGCCAUCUCAGGGGCACAGUUCUACAGGAGGGCACCACGAUCGGGACAGCAGCCCUCAGUGCCUGCCAAGGACUGACUGGAUUUUUCCAUCUACCACAUGGAGACUUUUUCAUUGAGCCUGUUAGAAAGCAUCCACUGAACGAGGAAGGGUACCACCCACAUGUCGUAUACAGGAGUCCAGAGUCAAAGGAGCCUACCUGUGGAUUAAAGGACAGUCUAGGCAACUCUGAGAAGCAAGAGCUACAGCGAGAGAAGUGGGAGAGGAAAAACUGGCCAAGAAGGAGCCUCUCCCGGCGCUCCAUAAGCAAGGACAGAUGGGUGGAGACACUUGUGGUAGCUGACACGAAGAUGGUUGAGUACCAUGGAAGUGAGAACGUCGAGUCCUACAUCCUCACCAUUAUGAAUAUGGUCACGGGGUUGUUUCAUAACCCAAGCAUUGGCAAUGCAGUCCACAUUGUCGUGGUUCGACUGAUUCUACUUGAAGAAGAGGAGCAAGGAUUGAAAAUAGUUCACCAUGCAGAGAAGACACUGUCCAGCUUCUGCAAAUGGCAGAAAAGCAUUAAUCCCAAGAGUGACCUCAACCCUGUCCAUCACGAUGUGGCUGUUCUUAUCACCAGAAAGGACAUCUGUGCUGGUGUCAAUCGCCCUUGUGAGACUCUGGGGCUGUCUCAACUGUCAGGAAUGUGCCAGCCUCACAGAAGCUGUAACAUCAAUGAAGAUUCUGGCCUACCCCUGGCUUUCACCAUUGCCCAUGAACUCGGGCACAGCUUUGGCAUCCAGCAUGACGGAAAAGAAAACGACUGUGAGCCUGUGGGCAGGCACCCAUACAUCAUGUCCCAGCAAAUUCAGUAUGAUCCCACCCCACUGACAUGGUCAAAAUGCAGCAAAGAGUACAUCACUCGCUUCUUGGACCGAGGCAGGGGAUUCUGUCUUGAUGAUAUUCCCAAAAAGAAAGGUUUGAAGUCCAAUGUCAUUGCUCCUGGAGUAAUUUAUGAUGUCCACCACCAGUGCCAGCUCCAAUAUGGCCCAAAUGCUACAUUUUGCCAGGAAGUGGAAAAUGUUUGCCAGACACUAUGGUGCUCUGUCAGAGGCUUCUGUCGCUCUAAGUUGGAUGCUGCUGCAGAUGGGACACGCUGUGGUGAGAAGAAGUGGUGUAUGGCUGGGAAGUGUAUCACAGUGGGGAAGAAACCAGAGAGCAUCCCUGGAGGCUGGGGACGCUGGUCACCCUGGUCCUACUGCUCCAGGACCUGUGGGGCAGGAGCUCAGAGCGCAGAGAGGCUCUGCAACAAUCCCGAACCAAAGUUUGGAGGGAAAUACUGCACUGGAGAAAGAAAACGCUACCGCUUAUGCAACGUCCACCCCUGCCGCUCAGAAACUCCAACUUUCCGGCAGAUGCAGUGCAGUGAAUUUGACACUGUUCCCUACAAAAACGCAUUCUAUCGCUGGUUCCCCGUGUUUAAUGCAGCACAUCCUUGUGAGCUGUACUGCAGACCCAUAGAUGGACAAUUUUCUGAGAAAAUGCUGGAUGCCGUCAUCGAUGGCACCCCUUGCUUUGAAGGUGGCAGCAGCAGAAAUGUCUGUAUUAAUGGCAUAUGUAAGAGGGUGGGCUGUGACUACGAGAUUGAUUCUAAUGCUACUGAAGAUCGCUGUGGUGUUUGCCUUGGAGAUGGCUCUGCCUGCCAGACGGUGAAGAAGCUGUUUAGACAGAAGGAAGGAUCUGGUUAUGUUGACAUCGGACUUAUUCCCAAAGGGGCGAGGGAUAUAAGGGUAAUGGAAAUCAAGGCAGCUGGAAAUUUCCUGGCCAUUAGGAGUGAAGAUCCAGAAAAGUAUUACCUCAACGGAGGGUUUAUUAUCCAGUGGAAUGGGAACUAUAAACUGGCAGGGACUGUCUUCCAGUAUGACAGGAAAGGAGAUCUGGAGAAGCUGAUGGCUCCAGGCCCCACGAACGAGUCAGUGUGGAUCCAGCUCCUAUUCCAAGUGACUAACCCGGGUAUAAAGUAUGAGUACACAGUUCGGAAAGAUGGCCUUGACAAUGAUGUGGAGAAGUCGCUCUACUUCUGGCAGUUUGGCCGCUGGACAGAAUGCAGUGUAACUUGCGGCACAGGUAUCCGGCGCCAGACUGCUCACUGUGUCAAGAAGGGCCAUGGGAUAGUGAAAGCUACCUUCUGUAACCCAGAAACACAGCCCGGUGGGAGACAGAGGAAGUGCUAUGAAAAGGAUUGUCCACCCAGGUGGUGGGCAGGGGAAUGGGAAGUGUGUUCGACGACUUGUGGACCCUAUGGAGAAAAAAAGAGAACCGUGCUGUGCAUCCAGACCAUGGGCUCUGAUGAGCAGGCUCUCCCAGCUACAGAUUGCCAGCACCUGCUGAAGCCCAAGGCCCUGGUUUCCUGUAACAGAGAUAUUCUGUGUCCAUCAGACUGGACAGUGGGCAACUGGAGCGAGUGCUCUGUUUCCUGUGGUGGUGGAGUGCGGAUUCGCAGUGUCACAUGUGCCAAGAACCAUAAUGAACCUUGUGACAAGACACGGAAACCUAACAGUCGAGCUCUGUGUGGUCUCCAGCAGUGUCCAUCUAGCCGUAGAAUUCUGAAACCCAAUAAAGAUAUAGCUCCUGGUGGGAAAAACCAACCAACACCAGAGUAUGACCCUUUCAAGCCCAUCACUGCACCUACAUCCAGGCCCACACUACUGUCCACACCCAUAGUGCCUGAGUCUGUGAGCAGAAGCACUCCAGCAAUCGCCAGUCUUGGCCCUACUAUAGCACCCGAAGAAGAACCAACCCAAAAUGAAGAGGACUCUCACUACCCUACUUCUUCUGGAAGCACUUCCCAGACCCCUCUCACUUCCUGGUCAUUGAGUCUCCAGCCCGAUGAUGAAACCGUUUCUAGUUCAGCUAUAGGUCCUACAUCAGAGGGUGACUUUUGGGCAACCACGACAAGCGAUUCUGGCUUAACAUCUAGCAAUGAGGUGACUUGGCAAGUAACUGCAUUUUAUAACACCUUUACCACAGAUCCAGAAGUGGAGAUACAUAGUGGCUCAGGGGAAGACAGUGACCAGCCUAUGAACAAGGAUGAAAAUCACUCUGUGAGAUGGAACAAGAUAAGAGUACCUGAGCAUGAUUCUUCUGUGGACAGAAACGCAGAAAUACCACUUGGACCUCCACCGACAUCUUAUGUCAGGGAAGAGACCUCAUGGCCUCCCUACAGUACAACGAUGGAAGGCUCACUACCUGACUGGUCCCUUAAAAAUGAGACACUCAGAGCUGAGGGGCUGAUCACUGAAAAACCAAGCAACAUUCCAGGAGGACACCAGCCAACACCCUCAGAAAACUUAGAAAACCAUGACCACUUGGCACUGGCAAAUGAUACAAAUCCAACCCAAGGCUCAGGACCUGUCCUGAGUGAGGAAGAUGCAUCUAGUCUGAUUGCUGAGGGAUUCCUGCUAAAUGCUUCCAAUUACAAGUCACUUAUGAAGGACCACAGCCCUGCAUACUGGAUUGUUGGAAACUGGAGUCAAUGCUCCACCACAUGUGGGCUGGGGGCCUACUGGAGGAGUGUGGAGUGCAGCACCGGGAUGAAUGCUGACUGUGCAGCCAUUCAGAGGCCAGACCCUGCCAAGAAGUGCCACCUCCGCCCCUGUGCUGGCUGGCGAGUGGGAAACUGGAGCAAGUGCUCCCGGAACUGCAGUGGAGGCUUUAAGAUCCGCGAGAUUCAGUGCAUGGACAGCCAGGACCACCACCGGAGCCUGAGGCCAUUUCACUGCCAGUUCCUGGCUGGCAUUCCUCCUCCACUGACUAUGAGCUGUAACCUGGAGCCUUGUGAAGAAUGGCAAGUGGGGCCCUGGAGUCAGUGUUCUAGGUCCUGUGGAGGCGGCGUUCGGGAGAGAGAAGUAUCUUGCCCAGGAGGCCUCUGUGACUGGACAAAAAGACCUGCCUCCACUGUGCCCUGCAAUGGGCACCUUUGCUGCCACUGGGCCACCGGGAGUUGGGACCUGUGCACCACUUCCUGUGGCGGCGGUUUGCAAAAGAGGACUAUCCAUUGUAUCCCCUCAGAAAACAGUACAACUGAAGAUCAGAGCCAAUGCCUCUGUGACCAUGAAGUCAGACCCCCAGAAUUCCAAAAAUGCAACCAGCAAGCCUGCAGGAAGAGUACUGAUUUAACAUGUACAAAGGACAGGCUCUCAGCCAGCUUCUGCCAAACACUAAAAUCCAUGAAGAAAUGCUCUGUGUCCUCCGUGAGAGCACAGUGCUGUCUCUCAUGUCCACAGACACAGAGCACCCACAUCCAAAGGCAAAGAAAACAGCAGUUGCUCCCAAAUCACGACACCCUCUAGGUUCAGGAAGAAGCCACCAUCAUCGACCUCCACAGCCUGCUGCCCAAGAACACCGCCCAGAAGGCCACUUCAUUAAUAUUUCACUUUACACAUUCUAGGUUCAACUUGGGAUCAUAACAAAACAAAAUGCAGUGUUUGUCUAGCCACAAAAUGUUCCUCACAGAAAGCUUGGUGCUGGCAACUCCCUCAUAAGAAGACAAAGUAUUUGAGAGAAUUAGGAAGCAACUGAGAUGAGUUCCUGGGGAAAGUUCUAGAUUAGGCAAGUUUUCCCCUUUAAUGAUAAAAAAAAAAAUAGAGAACAGGGUUUUUUUGUUUUGUUUUGUUUUGUUUUGUUUCCAAACUACCUCAAGAGUGUCAAGAAACAGCCACACUUACCCAGGGAACAUAUAAUCUUUUUAAUUUGUCUUCAUGAAUCUAUCCUCCUUGGCUGCCUUGGGUAAGCCACUGGGGUAAUUCUGAGGAACAUUUAUUCAGUAGACAAUAAGGACAGGAAGAGAAUGCUAGCUGGCCCUCAGUCUUCCUUCCAUCCCUGCAGGAAUUCACAAGUGGAAGUCUCAAAUCUUAGGACAGACCAUGGAGAAUCGAGAUUAAGGACACACAGACAUCAAUGGGGCCCAGGGGAAUUAGGCCAGUGAUUCAGAAUUCAUCUCUGACUUCAGUUCAGUUUCUAUUAAUAGUCCUAAAUAUGCAAAUGAACACAAGUCAACUUGUUGCUAGCCUUUGUUCUUUGAAUUUUCCUGGCUUUGUGAGUUCCUCCACAGAACAAAUGACUCUCUCCUGUCCUGCCUCUAUUCGGGUAACAACCUCAGGUCCUACCAUCAACCCAGUGCAGAAGGAUUUUACACAAAAACUGCUAUGACUAGGGUGAUGGCUACCAACUCACCCUAUCUCUCCUGAGAGAAAACGUGAAGGGAUAAGUUAAACCAUUUUAAAGAAUUAAGUAAAUUGUACCAAGGCUAGGAAUUUAAUGAAAAUGUAUAGUUUAGAUAGAAGGAAAAGAAUUCUAAAAAGUGAGAGAGAUGAUCUACUUAGUGUACCCAUUAAUGACUCUUAAAAGUCCUUUGCCUCUAAAGAUAUAGAGUUGGGGUAGAAUGCAUAUUUAGCACAUGCAAGGCUGUAGAUUUGAUCUCUAGCAACACAUAUGCAUACAUACAAUCAUACACACAGAAUCAAAAACAAAAGCUAAGUUACCUUGUCAAGUUACCCUACAAGUCAAGAGGGUCCAGAAUCCUGAAAUAGAAAGCUUACUCCAGUCAUUGCCUCCAAUGAAGGCAGGGUAGGCUGUGAUUACCAAGGUGAACCUAUGGACUGAACCUAGACAGAAAGGAUGGGUUUGAGGAAAGAUAGAAGCCCCGGAGAAAGACCUCAGAACCAGCUCUUGGCAGGAUGGGAGGCAAUGUGUUCCUCCAUGUGAUGGAUCACAUAGUUGUAGGCUUAUGCACCAAAAUACAUCAUCAUCUUUCUGGAGUACAGUAUUCCACUGUAGUUAUCUAUCCAUUCAGAAGAACGGUGCUAUUGAACCUGGUGCUAAUACCUAGAUGGUGGCAGAACUAACAGAAACAUUAGCUAGUAGUUAUAUGACUGGCUAAGUAUACGUGAGCUUCCAGAUAGACAUCUUCUGCUUUUUGUGAAAUGGUGUUGCUGGCCAAUGCCAGUUUUAUUUGCUAUGACCAUGAAUGCAGCAUUAUAUAUUAUGUGCUUUUAAACUCUUUUUUUUUUGGCUUUUUGAGAGAGGGUUUCUCUGAGUAGUCAUGGCUGUCCUGGAACUCACUCUGUAGACAGACUGGCCUCCAACUCACAGAGAUCUGCCUGUCUCUGCCUCCCAAAUGCUGAGAUUUAAAGGCUUGCACCACCACUGACCAAUACUUUUAUUAAACUCUUUUCAAGCCACUAGUGUUCAUUAAAUUCCUGUGGAAAACAAAACACUGAGUUUUGGAUAAAAUUCAAGGUAUACCAGAAAUAGGAGAAAGCAUCUGUUUGCUGAAGCCAGGGAAUUUAUGUGUAGUUAAGCCUAGUUUCUUGCAUUCUGCCUUUAAAUAUAAACAUUGCAGGUCAAUGACAAACUCUGGUAAAAUAGCAAUUUCAGAGAAAUACUUACAUUUUUCUGUGAGUGGCAUGAAUUUCAGGAGAACCUUAAAGGAGAAAGACUAGUAGUCUAGGCUUUCAGAAGGAUUCAUUUAGUAAGCCAUGUGAAUUUAACUUAGCCUGGCACUGUUCUAGCACAAGGUAAAGUACAUGACAUCGGAGUCCUGUGUGUGACCAGGCUUAGAAAACUCAGGAACAAACCUGGAUUCCUACUGACCUCAGCAAAAUAAAUAGGCCAGAUUUCCCAAUGCAAAAAAUAAACCAUGUCAUUUGUUGCCCAUGGGGUGGAGAAUAUCAAAGGCCCAUGGAGAAAGUCUGGCCAGGUACUUUCCUCUGAUCAUGCAUCAUGGCCAUCACUUUCUUCUACCAUAGUGAGACUGUCCUAUGACAUGUGUCAUUUGUGCUUGCUGUUGGAGUCACCAGUCAUCUGCUCAGCUAUGGGUUAUCAGAACACCAUAGAUCCUUGGUGCUUGAGAUGCUAGAAGAACCUUGAAUGUGAGGAUGACUCUGGCAGCAAGAACUGGGUAGUAUCUUCACAAGGUCAAAUAUGAAGCCAUGUUUUCUUUCACCCAUGUCCUCCUUCACCUUGAAAGUGUGAGACACUGGAUAAUACACUUACCAAGAACCAGUGAGGUCUAUCACAGGGCCCUGUGCUUAAAUGCAUCAUGUUGGGUUUACAUUGCUUUUCAGAGUAGUAGACUUAGCUCGUCUCCAAAAAGUCAUAGGCUAUUUAAUUCUUGAACAUCAAAACAGUACUAUUCCAUAAGAGAACAACUUUCCUGGAAACUUCAUAAUGAAUACUUUGUUAUGAAUCAUAUCCUGUAAUAAAGGAUUGUUUUCUUGUGUAGGACUAACCGUUCAGGCAUAGGUUUUCUUAAGAGCACACAUAGCCCUUCCUGUUCUACUGAGACAGCUGUGUCUCCACUGGUAUUCCAACACAUUGUUUUCAGAGAGUCUAUUUUUAACCAGCUCCAUCAAUAAUCUGAAAUGUAAUUUGAGUAUUUCAGGUCCUAACUUCCCAUCUAGCUAGCUGAAGUUCUCUGAAAGCUUCAUAUUGUAAACCAAGAGAGUAUAAGUCUUCGCUUUCUCCUUUUUCACUUCAAGAUAAAGCUCUGGGACUGCCUGUCUGGUGCUCAACCCACAGUCAUCUGCUUUUCCAGGGAAAGGCCAUAUGUCCUGAGCUUCCUGGUGCUAUAACCUAGCCAAUAUAUUUGAUAUGCUCUUGUGCUAAUUCAAAUAUCUUUUUUAAAUUUACAUAUUUUUAUUUUGCUAUGUCACUAAAAAUGAUGUGGUGAGGGAAAUGUCUUUCUACCUAUCAUUGCCCUCACAAAUGGUGGUAUGACAUACAUAGCUAACUCAUUGUCUUCUCUGUGUCCCUAUGCUCCCUCACCAGCUGAUCCCCCCUACUCUUUAUGUAUCAGAUGAGUACCUCGGUAUUAAAAUCAGUUUGUAAUCAUA